AUGGUUACCAUCAACAAUAGUUUCCUUAUGAACCACACUUGUCUUCGAAUCAAGGACCCCAGAUCCGUCAAUUGGUGGCAAGAGAAGUUGGGAAUGAAGUUGAUUGCGACAAUCCCAUUCGACACUUUUACCUUGUACAUGCUCAACUACGAGACCGAGAAGAAUAAGCAUUUAAACUGGGCCGCACGCGAAGGUGUUGUUGAGUUGUGCUACAACCACGGAGGCACUGCCGAGAUCAACAAUGGUAACGGUGACAAAGAUAAAGGUUUUGGCCAUGUUUGUAUUUCAGUUGACAAUAUCGAAGCUGCUGAAAAGCAAUUCUUGGAAAACGGUGUCAGAUUCAAAAAGAAAUUAGCAGAUGGCCGUCAGCACAACAUUGCUUUCCUUUUGUCAGACCCUGAGGAUUACUGGGUUGAAGUUAUUGAGAAUGGCAUUGACAAAAAGAAAGACAAAACUGAUGUGUCUUCAUACAAACUCAACCACACAAUGAUUAGAGUCAAAGAUCCAGAAGUUUCCUUGAAAUUCUACCGUUCUUUAGGCCUCAAGCUCUUUACAAAGAAGGAUUUCCCAGAAGCUAAAUUCAGUUUGUACUUUCUCGGCUAUAAUCAUGACCCCAACUUCAAAGAAGGUACAAUGGACUGGCAAGAACAACUGAGAAGAGAGUCGAUAUUGGAAUUGACUCACAACUGGGGUACCGAAUCCGAUGCCGAUUUCAAAGGAUACCACAACGGUAACAGCACCGAAAAUGGUGAAGUGCAAGGGUAUGGCCACAUUUGUAUCUCAUGCGAAGAUCCAGCCAAAUUCUGUCAAGAGUUGGAACAAGCUUAUGGUGACAAAUUGGAUUGGUCAGUGAAGUUCAAUCAAGGCAAAGCUGUCAAAGGAAUCGCAUUCAUUAGAGAUCCAGACACGUAUUCCAUUGAGAUUGUUUCUCACGACAUUUUGGAAGACCGGAUGGGUAAGCUUUGA